CGUUCAGACUUGGACCAAGUUGCUUCACCUGGUUCGGGUUCCUGCCUCGACCAGGAAGCCAUGAUCACAAGACGCGGAACUGGAGCGGCCGUCUAGAAAAGUGAGCUGGGUUUCUUCUUCUCUUGUAUUUCAAACCAACUUUCCACGUCUUGCCCGCCACUACUCGCCGCCACGAUGGCCGACUUCGAGAGGACGGUAAUGGAACAUUACCAGAUCCCAAGCUUAUACCCUGUAGAAUGGCCCGCCGAAAAGAACACCAGCGAUGCAUCCGACGAUGACGAUGGCGUCGACCCCGCCAAGAAAAAGGCAGCCAGGCUGAACCGGAGAAAGUCCAAGUACCAUGCCCUGGAGCGUGCCGUCAGCAAUCGCGGCAGCCUCCCUCCCGGCUCCGAGAAGACGGCCAAUGGCGUGGGGAACCUCGUCCAGAAGGAUGAGCCAGAUCCCCUGGGCACUACCGAUAGUGUCGUCAGGACCCUCAAGCAGUAUGGCCUGCCGCUGCAGAGCGACCCCAAGCUGCGAAACCGGUUCCUCCUGUCCUCGACCACAUUCUCUCCCGCCCUCUUCCUUUCGCAGAUGCACGCCACAGCCGAUACGCAACAGCUCCUAAUGGGACUUGAUACACUAUCGCAGUCCAUCGACCAGAAGUCGGCCUCGCUCAAGGUCCUCGUCGAGUCCAACUUCGAGCGCUUCGUGCGCGCCAAAGCCACGAUUGACAAUGUCUACAAGGAGAUGAAAUACCGCGGUGCUGAGCCGCCCCCGCCCCCAUCUCCGCGCGCUCGUGCCCAUUCACGCAAUGCUAGUAGGAACAGCUUCCGGGCCGGUAGCAUCUCCCUUGCUGCCCCACCAGUGCUCCAGCCCUCGGACCCGAGGAAGAAGAACGCGCUUGUCAAGGAGAGCGAGUACGGGGUUGUGGGCAUCAAGACCCCUCUGCUCGAGGUGUCAGCCAAGGCCGAGGACGUCUGGGGUCCCGCGCUGGGCGGCCGCGAGAAGGAGGAGAAUCUGAAGACGGUCGCGAACUCGCUUGGCAGGUUCCGCGAGUACGUCGAGACAAGCGCCGCCAUCGCCGACGCUAUCAAGAGAAAAGACCACGAGACACUUGUUGAAGAGUACUCCAAGGCGAGGAGAUUCGCCGACGAGGCCAAGCGCCUCAUCCAGGAGCUGGGCUCGGAGCAAGCUAGCGAUUCGCAGCUGUAUCAAGUCCUCCUCGCCGGCCGUAUGUGGCACGACGUUGAGGAACAAAUCUCCGCCUUCAAGCGUGUCGUGUGGCGCAAGCUAGUUGCUCUGCACAACGUCACCAAGUCGGACGUGCCAGGGCAGCCGCAGGACCAGCACAUGGAGCUCAUCAGCCUGCUGCUCGAACUGGGCGUCGAAGACAACCCCAUAUGGGUGUGGCUGCUCAGCCGCUACGACCAUCUCAAGGGGAAAAUACAGGCCUAUGCAGACCGGACAAAGGUGGAGAUUGAGCUGCUCAGGCGGCGCCUGUCAAGUGUCGAUCGACCUGCCCCUCAGACCAUCGCCUCGUACCUACGCGCGCUGGGCCGACAGUCCGUAGACGUCAAGGCCUCCAACUAUGACUCGGCCGAGGUGGUGGAGCUCUGGGAGAAAGUGCUGUCGUUCCUGAGCGCUCUACUGUCUCCGCAGGGCAUCCUCGGAGAGGUUGUCGAGUUCUGGCAGACGGUCGAAGGCUUCAUGGAGGGCAGGACGCAGCGCAGCCUCCCGACGGGCUACAACGGCGAGUCACAGGUACACCACAUCCUGACUCAACCUGGCACUGUGAAUCUGCAGAAGGGCACCGUCGAGCUGGUUGAGAUGCUGCGAGAGCACGUCUUCAUCUUCUUCGCCGGCCCGCCCCCUGAGGAUAUCUCGUUGCUGUUCUCUCCUAUGCCCCUGACUCCCAAGACGCCCAUGUCGACGUCUCUGGUUGGCGCUCUGACUCCGUCUGCCAUGCGAGAUCCGAGGUUCAAUCUUGACGCGAACAACCCUCCCCCUCCGUCGCCCAAGCGAGGCGAGGCGUGGGAGAAGUUCGCAUUUUGGCCACCGUGGUCCAACUCACUUAGCGGCGUGCAUUAUCUAGCCAAGAUGCUUGCCCUAGUAGGCUCCGGAGCAUCCGACAUGGCAGCCAUCGCGCCUGUGGGGCGUGGUGGCGACGGCCAGGAGCUCGAGUUACUCAAGACUCUGAUCAACGUCUCUCGCGAACGCUGCGUGACGGCGCUCUGCGCCGCAUGGAACAAGGAUGCUGAGAGCAUCAAAUACGUUGAGGACUGGAAUCGCUCCCCGGACCGCCGUGAUGUGACGCGCAUGCCUGCCUGUUUCUCCUCGUUCGAGGGCUCUCUGCUCGGCGGCAUGCAGAAGAUACUGUACAUCUCCGAGGCCACCGCCAAACCUGGGUCCGAGGACAUAGUAACGGCACCGCCGGCGAAAUUGCUGCAGAUGGUGCGCAGCCAAUAUGUGACAACACUCUACAAGGCCCUGAGCGGUAUGGUGGAGAAUGCAGAACGAUCUAUCAAGAAGUCGGACGACGACUGGACCACCGAGGGUGACAGUCACACUGUCACCAGCACCUCAGGUCAGCGCUCUACCAGCAGCCUGGGUAUGAGCAUGGGAGGUGUGGCCGUCAAAGCCGGAGACAGGAAUGUGAGGAUGCUGCUCACGCUAAGCAACCUUCAGUGUCUGCGGUCGGAGCUUGUGCCGUCGCUCAACACCCAGUUUGAAAACGCCUUCUCGGUGAAGCUGACAGACGAGACCAAGACGAUCCGCGACGUGUUGGGGCAGAUCGACGCGCGGCUGUUCCAGUCGUACACACGGCCGUCAAUCGAAACACUCCGGUCCAUCAUCCGGUCCGGGGUGGCGGCGGCUGACUGGGCGCCAGCGGACGGGGCCAAGCCGCGGGAGGCGCGGCCGUACGUAUACGAGGUGCUACUGACGCUAGUGCUAGUGCACUCGCAAGUGUCGACGACAGCGAACUCGCUGACGACGCAAGUGCUCUCGUACCUGCUGGAGCAGACGUCGCGCGAGCUGCUCGAGGCCUUCAAGACGCGGCCCCGCUACGACCUCUCGACGCUGCUGCAGGCGGCGCUCGAUGUCGAGUUUGCGGCCCAGACGCUGCAGCACUACACGACGCAGCGCGCAAAGGACCUGCAGAACCAGAUCUACCAGGAGAUCGAGUCCCGCUCCGACCGCGACGCCGUGCUCAAGAUGCAGGGCGAGCUGCCCGGCCUACGGGACCUGCUCAAGCGCCUGCGCGACGCGAGCAAGAACGAGUUUGCUUGCUUCAAGAAGGUCAAGCGGAGAGACUCGGCCAGCAGCAACGGCGGCGGCGGCGAGCGCAAAGGCUCGGCGGGCAGCAUUACUGGUGUUUGACAGGCCAGGACCGACUCGUCUGUCUCCUUGUAGGUCCCUAUCUAUAUGUAGCGAGCGAGGCUGCGCAAACGUUUUGGAUCUGCGCCUACCUAUUCGGCGUCUCGGGCUCUCCCUUGAUAUCCAUGUUCCCGUUCAGAAGGAACCCCAUUUUUGAUUAUACCCCAACCAUGCACGUUUGCGUCCUGCAUCCGUCGAAGAACGAGAACAGCAAGGUUUAAAUACCAUAGACGAGUCUUCCCAGCUCGUAAUCAACGAAUAGACCGCAAAAGUUGCCGCCCGAGUGAGAGGCCAUGAUAGACAAUCUAGGGAAUCACAACGCCGUGGGUAUUAUGGUCUUUCUAGGUCUCGUGUUUGUCC